CUAACCCUAUAUAAUUUGAUGAUUAUUGAAAUAAUUAUUGAAAUAAAGGAAUCCUCCGCAUCAAUAAAACCUCACAUCGUCACCGGCGAAAUCAAUAUUGGCUGAUCAUUGCCCAUCGCCGACCAGGUUGCGAUCGGUGAGCAGCCAUGGAAGAAAAGGGUUCGGAGUCUGCCUCGCUAACCACCAGACGAGUCGAGAAAGGAUCUCACGACUGGGUGGUGCAACCCUACCACUGCCGCAGAAAGUACGGCGUCGACAAGCCACUCGAGAGCGAGGAGUUCUGGAUGUGCGGCCGCCGUUGGGUGCUCCUCCUGUUCCCGGACGGGAAAACCACUGUUGCCUACUGGUGGGGAUACGCCUCUCUAUUUCUAAUUCUCAGGGACGACGAGAGUACUACCGGCGACAUUAUUCACGUCGCGAUGUGUUUCUCGGUUUUGGACCAGUCCGGCGAAGGCAAUGAUUGGGUAAAUGACUUCGGCGGAAGGAUAUCAUCUCUGGAACCGGGCGUGAAGCUCGGGGAAAUUAACUACAUUGGGCGAAGGGAGCUGGAAUCCCCGAACUAUCUGAGAGACGAUUGCUUGAGAAUUCGCUGCGAAAUUAAACUCGUCACUUCUGAGGUUGAGACCCUGCCUCUUAUCAAGGUCCCGAAAUCGAGCAUCGCGGAAGACUUUGGCAAGCUGUUGGAAAGCAAGGCAGGAGCUGACGUGCUAUUCCGAGUCGGGGGCGAAAGCUUUUCCGGGCAUAAGUGGAUAUUAGUAGCCUCAUCUCCCGUUUUCCGGUCACGUAUUUUAAAUUGUCCGCAAUCACAGGAGGAGAUUGUUAUCCCAGAUAUGGAGCCCAGAAUAUUCAAGGCGAUGCUGUGGUUUAUCUACACAGGAACGCUGGUGGAAGAAGACGAAGAAGAAAAUGAUGUUAGUUAUUCUGCUUCAUUUAUGGGGAAAAUUCUUGCGGCAGCUCAUCAAUUUGAACUGCGAAAACUUAGGAAGGUCUGCGAAUCAAGCUUUCUACAAAAAAUUUCAGCAGAAUCAGUUGCAUACUUGUUACAUCUCGCAGACCUUUAUCACGCAACUGAAUUAAAAGCAGCAUGUCUUAGAUUUGCAGCUGAAAAUCGUCUGGCUGUCUUGGAUUCGGAAGGAUGUGAAUACCUUAGGCAAUCUUUCCCAUCAUUGUAUUUGGAGUUGGCCUACCCAAAUCCGUCUACCAGCGAACGAAAGGAACUUGACUUCUGGAGCAAAAUGACAUCCCGUUUAAUGGAGCUCUUUUGAUCUGUUCUCAGCUCUCGGUGUAAGUGAAACGAUGGACAGGCUAAAGAAGCUCCACAGGACAUUCAUGGUUGGUUUUUCAAAAGUAUCAUUGUGGAUGAUUUUUGCUGUGAACUUCUACUUUAGUUUUAUUAGGGACCACAUAUUUUACAAGAAAAUAAGUUGAAGUGUUUGACGUGAAUUGGUUUUUCAUGGCUGCUUAUCUUUGAUUCGGGUAUUCAUUUUGUUUUGUCGGCGCCUUCCAUUAAUAUUCAAGUUGUCUUCUGACUUGCUGAUGUAGUCUAAAAAAUGAGAAAGGAGAAGCUUUAAUUUUGUGUUGUAUUAAGUAAUGAGAGAAUGAUUCAAGUUAUCGGCUAAAUGGGUUAUCAACAUAUCCUCAUGAAUUUUGAAACGUAUAGAAUGAUCCCGAGUGUUCUGUAUUGUUGUACGAACAAUUGUAAAGUUUGUAAUUUGCGG